CUCCUUCCCUAAUCAAUCUUCAAAUUCCAAUCAUAAACCUCAAAAAUCAAGGGAAAGAGAGAGAGAAAAAAUUGCUCAUCGGAGAAGAAGCUCGCGUUUUACUUGAUCGCUUCUUCAUAUAUGUUGUUCUUCAAUGUUCUCGAUCUGUUUUUUCUUCCGCUGUCUCGGUGACCUCUGAACCAAACAUCACUUAAUCGCGGUGGUGCUUUGAUUAAACAAGCAUAGCUGACCUGAUCUCUAGAACUGGCUUCUUCUGUAGUUGAGGAAGUCCCGCAUGGCUCCGUCUAGGAAAUCUAAAAGUGUAAAUAAGAAGUUUUCUUAUGUUAAUGAAGUUGCUACUAGUAAAGAUGGAGAUAGUAGUUCUAAGAGAAGUGGUAAACGAAAAAGGAAGUUAUCUGACAUGUUAGGGCCUCAAUGGACCAAGGAAGAGCUUGAGCGUUUCUAUGAAGCAUAUCGUAAGUAUGGAAAAGAUUGGAAGAAGGUUGCUACUAUGAUACGCAAUCGAUCCGUGGAAAUGGUUGAGGCACUUUACACUAUGAACAGGGCCUACUUAUCUCUUCCUGAGGGCACUGCUUCGAUGGUUGGACUGAUAGCAAUGAUGACUGAUCAUUAUUCUGUUUUGGGAGGAAGUGAUAGUGAACAAGAAAGCAAUGAGGGCAUGGGAGUUUCUCGGAAACCUCAGAAGCGUAGCAGGGGAAAACUUCGAGACCAGCCUUCUAAAAGUUUAGAUAAGCCGCUUCCAGAUCUAUUGAAAUUUCAUUCAUCUGCAUCAAGUUGCAUGUCACUUUUAAAGAGGAGACGUUCUGAAAGUAGGCCCGUGCUGUUGGAAAAGGACUCCCGUGUUCCUAUCUUUUCUCAUGACAAAAGCAAAGGGGAAAGGUAUUUUUCUCCUAUUCAGCAAGGAAUGAAACUAAAGGCGGAUUCUGUUGAUGAUGUUGCUCAUGAGGUAGCACUAGCAUUGACAGAAGCAUCACAAAGGGGUGGCUCUCCCCAAGUUUCUCGGACACCAAAUAGAAAAGCAGAGACACCAUCACCUGUUAUCAACAGUGAAAGGAUGAAUGCUGACUCAGAAACUACUUGUGCCAAGAUUCACGGUAGUGAAGUGGAUGAGGAUGCUUGUGAAUUAAGCUUAGGAAGCACUGAAGCAGAUAAUGCAGAUUAUGCUAGACAAAACUAUUCCAGGAUUAUAGAAGGCACUGAUACUAUUGAAGUUCAACAGAAGGGUAAAGAUACCUUGAAGGAAGCGGAGGUUGAGGUAAGUGUAAACAACCAUUUGGAAGACACAAAAGAAGCCUGUAGUGGGACUGAAGAAGGACAACAGUUAUGUGAUUUCAAGGGAAAGUUCGAUGCUGAGGUUGCGGAUGCCACUUCUAGAGCCUUGAUUAAGGGUCCAAGGAAAAGAAGUAAAAAAGUGUUGUUUGAAGGUAUGAUAGACACUUCCUUUGAUGCACUGCAAACUCUAGCAGAUCUGUCCUUGAUGCCAGAGACUGCUGACACCGAAUCAUCUGUGCAGUUUAAGGAAGACAAAAAUGAAGUUGAGAAGACUAAACUGAAAGGAAAUCAUCCUGUUCCUGGGGCAAAAGGCAAUGCCUCCAGAACAUCUAGACAUGGAAAAAAAUCUGGUCAUGAUGUUUGUGCUACUCCAGAAGCAAAGGAGGAAACACAACCGGGUAUUGUUGGAAUGCAGAAAAGAAGAAGAUCCUCAACUUAUAAAUCGCAGAUUCCAAAAGAUGAAAAUGAUGAUGAUUCUCAGUUGGGUGAAUCUCCAAACAUCGAGAAUCUUCUUAGCAAAGGUAAACGGUCUAAUAAUAUUGGGCAUCCUAAGCAAGGGAAAUCUUUGAGACCUCCAGAGCAUGCAUCCUCUAGUACGAAUAAAGGAAGGGACUUGAACAAUUCAGCGCCAUCUACUAUACAGGUUUCAUCUGUUAACCAGGUCAAUCUACCGACAAAAGUCAGGAGUAAGCGAAAGAUGGAUGCACAGAAACCAGCAAUUAGGAAGGAUAUACAGUCCUCUGAUAAUAUUGUGAAGGGAAAAACUAGUGUGCAAGUCACUUUAUUCCAUGACAGAGCACUCAAUCUGAAGGAAAAGCUUUGUAACUUCCUAAAUUCAUACCUAGCGCGGAGAUGGUGUAUCUUUGAAUUGUUCUAUAGUACAAUUGAUUACCCAUGGUUUGCUAAACGUGAGUUUGUGGAGUAUUUGGAUCAUGUAGGAUUAGGACAUAUUCCUAGAUUAACUCGUGUUGAAUGGGGUGUAAUACAAAGUUCCCUUGGCAAACCACGGAGAUUUUCCAAGCAAUUUUUAAAAGAAGAAAGGGAGAAGCUUAAUCAAUACCGGGAAUCGGUUAGAAGGCAUUAUGCUGAACUCCAUGCCGGAAUUGGUGAAGGACUUCCAACUGAUUUAGCUCGACCUCUAUCGGUUGGACAACGUGUCAUUGCCAUUCAUCCAAAAACUUGGGAGAUUCAUGAUGGAAGUGUGUUAGAUGUUGAUUAUGGUAGAUACCGAAUUCAGUUUGACAACCCUGAGCUAGGAGUGGAAUUUGUCAUGGAUAUUGAUUGUAUGCCUUUAAAUGCUUUGGAAAAUUUACCUGCUUCCCUUUUGAGACAAAAUGCUGCCAUCCGUAAAUUUGUUGAGAACUACAAUGAGCUCAAAAUGAUUGGGCUGUCAAAAGAAAGCAAGAUGGAAGAGAACAUCAAAUUUACGCAAUGUGAUAACCUGGAGAAUGCUAAUAGUCCCUCUCGUACUUCCCCAUCAACUUUCGGUGUUGGCAAUUUGUCACAGCCAGUUAAGGUUGAUUCAUCGAGUCCUAAUUUACAGCUUAAAAUUGGGCCUACUGAAACUGUUUAUAGUCAACAAGCAAUGAAUUCUCAGCAUUCUGCCCUGUCGCUGGCGCAGGCUAGGGAGGCUGAUGUCGAAGCUCUUUCUCAGUUGACUCGUGCUCUUGACAAAAAGGAAGCCGUGGUGUCUGAACUGCGACGAAUGAACGAUGAGGUGUUGGAAAACCAGAAAGGUGGAGACACUUGCCUAAAGGAUUCAGAUUCUUUCAAGAAGCAAUAUGCUGCUGUUCUUUUACAGUUAAAUGAAGUCAAUGAACAGGUUUCUUCUGCUUUGUUUUGCUUGAGGCAACGUAAUACAUAUCAAGGGGCCUCCUCGGGUAAGUUGCUGAAGCACUUGGCUAAAAUCGGUGAGCAGGGCUCUCAGUUGAGCUCUUUCGGUCAUGCUAUGCAUCAUGUCCAAGAAUCAGUAUUCCAUGUGGCUGAAAUUGUUGAAACUUCGAAAAGGGAAGCUCGGUCAAUGGUUGAUGCAGCUAUGCAGGCUAUGUCAUCUUUGCGAAAAGGGGGGAAAAGCAUCGAGGUGAUUGAGGAGGCGAUAGAUUUUGUAAAUAACCAGCUUUCACUGGACGAGUUUAGCGUGCCUGCGCCGAGGUCUGCUGCCCCAACAGACUUGAUCCGCAGACACGAUCAUCUGUCAUAUCCUUCCGCAACUGGUCAUAUACCCGAGAUGAAGCUGCAAAGUUUGUCUGACCAAGACGAAUUAAUAAUCCCUUCAGACCUUAUUUCACAUUGCGUAGCCACCUUGCUCAUGAUACAGAAAUGUACAGAAAGGCAGUUCCCACCAGGAGAUGUUGCAGAAGUUCUAGAUUCAGCUGUUACAAGUCUGAAGCCAUUUUGUUCACAGAAUCUACCAAUUUACACAGAGCUACAGAAGUGUAUGGGAAUCAUUAGGAAUCAAAUCUUGGCAUUGGUCCCUACAUGAAAACCACCAGGUAUGUCGUAAUUCCUCCAUUGUUGUUGUAAAAAUUCUCUGCACUCUUAUCCUUUUUUUUUAUAUUUAGUCCUUUUUUGACCCUUUUAAUAUGAAUAAAAAAA